AUGACUCUCUACAUGGUUUACCUUUUGGAAGAGGCCAUCAAGACGCCGUGGACAUGUGCGUUGCUUGCCUUCGUGACCGCAGGCUACCUCCUCAUCGACUGGCCGAUAGUCUACCCCGGAAUCCCGCUUCUGGGUGCCGGACGGGGAAUUCUGGGCCGCCGGGCAGCUGGGAAAGAAUUUCGAUUGAGAGGGCGGGAGAUGGUGCGGGAGUUUGCCAAGACAAAUGAGCCCUUCCAGGUCAUCACCGAGACCGCGACAAAGAUCUUCCUCCCGCCGCGGUAUGCAGAGGAGAUCAAAGACGUCAAGGAGCUGAGCUUCACGCAGGCCCUUGCAAAGGAGUUGUUCGCCGGGUAUAGCGGCUUCGAGCCCAUUGCCGCCAUUGCAGACGACGCCAACAUCAUCCAGACCGUUGCGCGGUUGAACAUUACGACCUCUUUGAAGUACCUAACCGACCAUGUCUCGAACGAGGCAGGCGCCGCACUGGCCGAACACCUUGGCAAUGACACAGGUACGCACAUAAUCCCACCUUCACCAUACUCCAGAUACGAUAAUAAUAACAGCGCACAAAAAGAUCACUGGCAGGAGAUUCCCGUAAAAUCCUUCACCCGCACCCUGGCAGCUCGCCUCUCGGCCCGCGUCUUUGUCGGCCCGUCCCUGUGCUCGGACAAGGCCUGGCUGGCCGUGUCGGCAGGCUACGCAGCGCAGUGCCACGUUGCAUCCUUCAAGCUGCAGGCCUGGCCGCGGCCGCUGCGCCGGCUCGUCAAUUGGUUCCUGCCCGAGUGCCGCGCGCUGAGGAGCAUGGUGCGCGAGGCCCGGCGGAUCCUGAGGCCCAUCGUGGCCGAACGGCAGGGCAAGCCGCGGGAGGACACCAUCUCGUGGCUCCAGACCGCCCUCCGAGCGACCAGUCUCACCCGCUACACCGUCGCCGACUUCCAGCUCGGCCUGAGCCUGGCCGCCAUACACACCACCACCGAGCUGCUCACCCACGCGCUGCUGGAUAUAGUCGCCGCCGGGCCCGAGCUGAUUGACGAUCUGCGCAAGGAGGUCGUCGACGUCUUUGGCGAGAGCAGCCCCGACGGUGCCGUGUUCACCAAGACGAGGUUGUACAACAUGCGCCUGCUGGACAGCGCCAUCAAGGAGUCGCAGAGGGUGCACACCGCGCGGCUGGGCGGAAUGGGCCGCGUGGCCACACGACCAACAACGCUGCCCUCGGGCCUGCACAUCCCCGCGGGCGCCUACACCACGGUCCUGCUGACCCCGGACGCGGACCUCUUCCCCUCGCCCGAGACGUACAACCCGCGCCGCUUCCUGGACCUGCGCUCCCGCCCCGGCCAGGACAAGAACUGGCAGCUGGUGACCACGUCGCCGCACCACCUGGCCUUUGGGUACGGCGCCCACGCCUGCCCGGGCCGGUUCCUGGCCGCCGCCGAGGUCAAGAUCGCGCUCGUGAGGCUCCUGAUGGGCUACGACUGGCGGCUGCAGGGCGGGAGGGGCGCCGACGUCGGGCUGGUUAGUGCGCAUCGCGUGGCGGAUCCGGCGGCGCGGGUUUGGUUCCGCGCGAGGGAGAGCGAGGUGUGUUUUGAGGGGCGGGAUGGGCUGUAA